AUUAAGACACUUCUUCUGUAGUUUGGUUAAGUUAGAUCACACUACUACAUGUUGUUUAUUGUGUUAUUUGUAUAGCACUAGCUUAUAUCAAAUAUUUAUUGACACACACCUGUCAGAGAUUCGUUGUAGGUAUGAAUAGAUUUAAAUAGCUUAAGAAACUGAGACACAAAAGAGCACAUUCAUUUAUUGAAAGGCAAAAAAGAGUUCUAAUGAGCUCUAAAAUAAUUUUUUGGUAUGACCACAUUUAUUCAUCAACACAGCCUGAACUCUUGCAAGUUUUCUUGUAAGUUUUAAGUUGUCUUCAGGAAUAGUUCUCCAGGCUUCUUGAAGGGCUAUUAAAGCUCUUCUUUGGAUGUUGACUGCCUUUUGUUUUGUUGUCUGUCAAGAUGAUCCCACACUGCUUUAGUAAGUUGAGGUUGAGGCUUUGGGAAGGCUAAUCCAUGACUGAUGGUGAUCCAUUAAAUGUUUUUUCUCUCCAGCUUUUCUCAUUAUUGCACUGUCAGUGUUUUGGGGUUCAUUGUCAUGUUGAAAAAGGCUCUUGCCAGUCAGGUGCUAUCCACAUACUAUUGGGCUGUGGAUCAUAAUAUGAAAUUAUUUUUCUGCAAUCAUAAUUCCAUUAAUUUUGAUAAAAUCUCCAACACUGCUGGAUGAAAUGCUGCUCCCACUCAUGACAAAGCUGUCACCGUGUUUUACAGAUGACUGUAGACGCUCACUGUUGUGUCUCUGUCCUAACUUUUAUACAUACUGUCAAUGAUUUGAGCCAAUAAUUUCAAAUUUGGAUUAAUCACUAUUUUAUUUGAAAGCCUGGAGAAUUAUUGCUUUUGACUAAAAAUAACACAAAAAAGCCUGGUUCCUUGGAAGCAAAAUGUAAAGAAAUGAAGACUUUUGCACAUUACUGUAUCGAUAUAACUGUAUUUCCUCCAGCUUCCUAAUAAGCCCAUGAAAGGAUGACCUGUUUGAAUUAUACUUGUACAAAUUCCUGAUAUCAGAUGUUUCAUCAUCAUGCACGUUUUCUGAGUAUUAAAAGGAAAAAAGAUAAAAACCCCACAUUUUAACACGUAUUUAAAUACAAAUACGCAUCCAACCCCAGCAUUUAAAUUAAUGCGGAAAGAAAUCAGACAUUUCAGGCCAGCUCGUGCGUCUGGACGGUGUUAUAUAUAAAGUGGAAAGCUGAGACAAUAAUACCAGCAAUACCCAAGAAAAAGACCUUAAAAAUAAAAGUUUAUUUUUAUCAAGAACUAACAGUUAGUCCAGAUUUGGGCCAGUGAAGAUUAUUGUGGCUACAGUGUAAGCAUCGGUGGAUAUUAAUUACAAUUGACUCUGUGCCACCCAACCAGCUGGCCACAAAUCUGGACCAACUCCAUAUGAUUACAAAGAGGCUUUUAUUUUUGAAGCCUCAGUCCGGAUACACAGAGCUCCACCGUGGGAUCUUGACUCCGGUGGACCAGGCUCCCGCCGGGCAGACAGCAGAGAAGGGUCAGUUAGUACCAGCACGACCACCGAGCAGCACUGAGUCUCUGACCUGAAACCUCCAUAAUGCAUGGGGGCAAGAGAGGGUUAGUGGCUCCGCAGAACACUUUCCUGGAGAAUAUAGUCCGGCGGUCCAGCGAAACAAGCUUCCUGUUGGGAAAUGCACAGAUCCUGGAGUGGCCAGUCGUUUACAGCAAUGAUGGAUUCUGCAAGCUGUCUGGAUACCACAGAGCAGAGGUGAUGCACAAGAGCAGCACAUGCAAUUUCAUGUAUGGUGAUCUGACUGAUAAAAAUACGAUAGAAAAAAUCAAACAAACAUUUGACAGCUAUGAGUCUAAUUUCUAUGAGGUGCUCCUGUAUACAAAGAAUAAAACACCAAUAUGGCUUUACAUGCAGAUAGCCCCAAUCAGAAAUGAAAAUGACAAGGUGGUGCUUUUCCUCUGCACCUUCAGAGACAUCACCCUGUUCAAACAGCCAAUUGACGAUGAGUCCACAAGAGGGUGGACAAAGUUUGCCAGGCUCACACGAGCACUGGCCAACAAUCGAAACCUGGUGCAGCAGUUAACACCACUCAAUAAGUCGGAGGUCAGCCACAAGCCCUCCAGACUGGCUGAGGCUCUCCAGCUGGGAUCAGACAUUCUCCCUCAGUACAAGCAGGAAGCCCCCAAGACCCCUCCACACAUCAUCCUCCACUACUGCACUUUCAAGACCACUUGGGACUGGAUCAUCCUCAUCCUCACCUUCUACACUGCCAUCAUGGUACCCUAUAAUGUUUCCUUCAGGACCAAGCAGAACAACUUGGCCUGGCUGGUUGUGGACAGUGUUGUCGAUGUCAUCUUUUUGAUUGACAUUGUGCUCAACUUCCACACCACCUUUGUGGGUCCAGCUGGAGAGGUGAUUUCAGAUGCCAAGCUCAUAAGAAUGAAUUACCUAAAGACGUGGUUUGUCAUCGACCUGCUGUCCUGCCUGCCCUAUGAUAUCAUCAACGCCUUUGAAAACGGUGAUGAUGAUAUCCUCACACAUGCCUCUUCCACGGGUCAUCUUCGUGAGUCACAUUUCCACAGAAAUAGCACACGGACUGAAGACUCCGUUCUACCAGGUCUCAGCAGCCUCUUCAGUUCCCUUAAAGUCAUCCGCCUACUCCGUCUGGGCCGCGUAGCCCGAAAACUGGACCACUACCUGGAGUAUGGAGCUGCGGUCCUGGUCCUGCUGGUGUGUGUCUUCGGCCUGGUGGCUCACUGGCUUGCCUGCAUUUGGUACAGCAUUGGGGACCACGAGGUCAUCGAUGAGACCACCAACACCAUUAAGACAGACAGCUGGCUCUACCAGUUGGCACUGAGUAUUGGAACUCCUUACCGCUACAACACUAGCGGUAAUGGCCGAUGGGAAGGAGGUCCUAACAAAGACACGCUGUACAUUUCUUCUCUCUACUUCACCAUGACUAGCCUGACCACCAUUGGAUUUGGUAACAUUGCUCCAACAACAGAUGGCGAGAAGAUUUUCUCCGUGGCUAUGAUGAUGGUGGGCUCGCUGCUAUAUGCCACAAUCUUUGGAAACGUCACCACCAUCUUUCAGCAGAUGUACACCAACACAAAUCGCUACCACGAGAUGCUCAACAAUGUGCGUGACUUCCUUAAGCUUUACCAGGUUCCCAAAGGUCUGAGCGAGAGGGUCAUGGACUUCAUCGUCUCCACCUGGGCCAUGUCGAAGGGCAUUGACACAGACAAGGUUCUCUCCAUCUGUCCUAAAGACAUGCGUGCAGACAUCUGCGUCCACCUCAACAGACAGGUGUUCAAUGACCAUCCAGCUUUUCGCCUGGCAAGUGACGGCUGUUUGCGCUCUCUCGCCGUGGAGUUUCAGACCACACACUGCGCACCUGGAGACCUCAUCUUCCACAUCGGGGAGAGCGUUGAUACGCUCUGUUUUGUAGUCUCGGGUUCACUCGAAGUCAUCCAAGAUGACGAGGUCAUCGCAAUACUAGGUAAAGGUGACGUGUUUGGAGAUGCAUUCUGGAAAGAGACCACGUUGGCUCGAGCCUGUGCGAAUGUGCGCGCUCUGACGUACUGCGAUCUGCACGUCAUCCGGAGAGAGGCUCUGAUGCGGGUGCUGGAGUUUUACACCGCAUUCGCCAACUCUUUCUCCCGCAACCUCAUCCUCACCUGUAACCUGCGAAAACGGGUCAUCUUCAGGAAGAUUGCCGAUGUGAAGAGGGAGCAGGAGCAUCAGAGUGACGUGACUCUGUCCAUUCCCGAAGACCACCCGGUUCGCAAGCUGUUCCAGAAGUUCAGACAGCACAGAGACGCUCAAACAGGAGAGUCCAACACUUACUUAGAUCACAACUGCGUGCAGGUGGAGAUGCAGCAGCACCCCCAGCAUCACACUGACUCAAACUCUUACACUCAGCCCAGUCACUCAGUAUCUCCUCAGCAGCGGCAGGACAACACCUCAGCAGGAGGGGGGAACAAUUGCAACAUGCCCGAAAAGUCAGAGCAAAGGAGCACAAUGGAGGCGGUGGGGUCUGUAUCAAAGCCUUGUCCAGAGAGCCGGUUUGGUCAGAGCAGUGGUGCAGGUGGAGAGGGUAACGCAGGGAGCGGCAGAGGUGUGAGAGGCUGGGCAAAGUUUAGAAACGCCACAUCUGCUGAGCCAGCACGUCCUCCUGUCGGGCAGGAGAAGCAGACGCAGAAAGCAGACGAGUGGCCGAAAGGAUCGCAGUCCUCAGAACAGAUUGCAGCCCCCAAAAAGAACCACGAAUCAGGGGGAGGUGGAGAGGGCAGCAACAGCGCAGGUGAGGAAACAAGCGCCCUGCACAAAACCGACUCCUGCGACAGUGGUAUCACAAAGAGCGAUCCACGCAUCGACCGAGCAGGAGAUUCAAGAAGCUCCUUCGAGCGAAGCCCGAUGGAAAGGAGCCCCAUGGAGAGAAAUCCAUUCGAGCACAGCCUCGGGGUUUACGCUGAGGUCUCCCUCAGACACUCAUUCGUGCAGCCGCUGUCUGAACAAGCGCUACUUCAAGCGACGCUCCACGCGGCCAAGCUGGAGCUGAAAGCAGACAUUCAGAUACUGAGCGGGCGACUGUCGCUGCUCGAGGCUCAGGUGAGCGAGAUCCUCAGGCUGCUGUCGGUAAAAAGAAGACUCUCACUGCCGCCAGCGUCCUCUCCAAAAGCAAGACGGAAAAGUCAAGACUCGGUCACCACCUCCAGGCCGGCUUCACCCAAAACAGACGACGAGGAUCUUUAAAUUUUGUCACUUAAUAAAAAAAUAAAGGAUUAGAUAAGCAUUGUGCAUGUCCUGCUGGACUACAAGUUUUAAUACUUGAUUGCAUGCAGAAAUGUUACCUUAGCACCACAAGAAUCCAGGGAUUUAUCUUAUACUGUAGCUUUUAACUUAUGAGACACUUGUGUGUGAGAGGAAGCAGGGACAAGUAAUGAACAAAAAGCACAAAAAGGAAAUGAUGCUUGAUGAGGUGCUUGGCGAAACAUGCAAGUCUGAUGAAAAUAAGAUGGAGUGGUCCUUUACGUUUCUGGAAGUCAGUUUACUGUUUUGAUGGGUUUUUUUGUUUUUUGGUAGAAAACCUUGAAGUUCACAUUUCUAUUUUGUGGACAAGCUGAAGCUCAGUGAGCAUUUCCACAUGCACAGUGUAUUAUAGAUACACAGCUUUAUCUUAUUUAGGAGGGAAAUCCAGAGUUUUUGUUGCUCAUCCUCAGUGGAGCGACUACCUUCAGAGUUAAUUAUCAGGUAAUUAAAUGUGCCUUACAAUUCCAAAGCCUCACUGCGAGCUGUUUUGAUGAAAUCUAAUGUUAUAUAUACAUAUACAUCUAUAUGCAUUGUCUUAUUUAAAAACUCAUUUCCCGUGCAUGUAAAAAUAAAGGACAGCAAUGCAAUAAUGCCACUUUUACAUUUUUGUUAAAGGUUUCUUUUCUUUCAGGAUGCGAACACAUCAUCAGGUUAUUGCAGCAGACUCAUUGUGUAUUUUUCUUCAUGUAGCUUUGCAUCUUGCUCAGGUAUCUUUGUUCUCAGACUGAAUUUGAACUAUUUCUAUUUAUUAGCCAUUUUGUAAGAUAAAUGGUACUGCAUAUCCUGUUUUAAUCAUUUAAAUGAUGGUUCACUAUGCAUAUCUAAAGGGAAAGUGCACUAAACUCAGUUUGUUCAUAUUUUUUGGUGGUUUAUGAAACCACUGGGGAAAUUCUGUGUGAACUGUAAGGGUCCAAGCAUGUGACUGUUAAGUAUGUCUGUUCUAUGUUACGUUCAGAGACAACCUUGCAUGCAUCCGAGGGAGCCUGUCAACUGUGAAAUGAGUAAUGAAAAGUAAUGCCUGCUCACCAUCUGUUGUU